UGGAAAAGAUUUCUCACCCAGAGGGUGGUUGGGCACUGGAACAGGCUUCCCAGGGAAGUGGUCACAGCACCAAGCCUGACAAAGUUCAAGAAGUAUUUAGAUGAUACUCUCAGGCACGUGGUGUCAUUCUUGUGUCUGGUCCUGUGCAGGCUUAAGGGUUGGAUGUGAUGAUUCUUAGGGGCUUCUUCGAACACAAUAUUCUGUGAUUCUGACAGAAUGGUGGUUUGUUAAGUCAGUAAUCUGUGGGGACGAUUACCAAACAAGCAGCCACCUUCCAGACCUUGGCAUGUGAGAUCCCCACGGCUGUGCUGGCCUGUACCACAGCAGAACCUGGCCCUUGGGUAAGGUUAUUGCCCACCAUGCACAGUCAGAGCCUCAGGCUUAUAAAACCAACAGACAGGUACACUCUGAAUGUCCCUGCCUGCCUGCUGAUCUGCCUUGCACAACAGCUCUCUAAAGCUGAGGGCUGGUUUUGGCUUCUCUAUCAACUUUCAGGUCAGUUAGUUUCAUAUUUGUACAGUGACCUUCCAUAGCAGACGUCAGAGUAAGAUAACAUUGGAAACUACAUAUUCCAGCUUCUCACAACAGAUACUAACCUACUUUUUGAGGUCUUAUAUACCUGGUCUAAAAUACUGAGUUUUGCAUAGAAGUCCUCAAGUCUUAAUUUGAGGAACAGAUUGCCCAGAAAGAUUGUGGAGUCUCCCUCACUGAAGAUAUUCAAGAACCAUCUGGAUGCAAUCCUGUGCUUAAGUGGAGGGGUUGGACCAGAUGACCCACUGUAGUCCCUUCCAACCUGACCCAUUCUCUGAUUCCGUGAUUGUACAGGCCACUUCCUCUCUUAGGAGGGCAAGAUGAAAAUUUGGUGCUCCUUGUUGUUGAGGGAAGAUGAGUAGUGUUUGUCGGUGUGCCACAGGUCAGCUCAACAUAAGGAUAACUCAGCUAAUUUUCACUAACAUUAAGAAAUUUGACAAUAGAGGCAUCAUUAUUUAUUAUGUUCUUCUAAGGCUGGAAUCAGUAGCUAGGAGAAAAUCUCAUGGAUUUAUUUGUGUCAAGGACCAUGAAUUCUGCCAUAGAGCUAUGUUGCAUGAUACAUACUGGCCAGGAAACAACUGUAAUUACGUUAUUUUGAGUAGCAAUUGAUUUGCAUGUCUCAGCUUCAGUUCUCAGCAGGUGUGGAUAGUGUGUUUUAUCAUAAUCAUUACAGAUUUUUGAGUGUUUUUUUAAACAUUUUUAAAACCAUUUCAGAAAUCCCUCAUUCUACAGGGGAAAGACAAACAUAGAUGUGUGAUUUCAUCAUAUGUGUCCCCUACAUUUUAGUAAAAAAAAAAAUACAACCACCAAACAAAAAAAAUCUCAAACCAACGAUAUAACCUGGUAUAAAAAUACAGGAUGUCAACUGUGCUCAGCAGUAACCAGAUGAGUAGUCCUCCAUCAAACAGAGAAACUGAAAUAGCAAGUUCUUCAAGUCAUCUCUCAGGAGACAUUUUCCCAGGCUCUCCAUCCUGCUCAGUCAAUAACACUGAAGUCCAAACAUGCUGGGGACAAAAUUUCUUUCUGUCAAGUAAAAUAAAAAUAAGUACUCCCCUUACUUUUGGUGGGACAGAAGAGAGGAAGAUGAAGCAUGAAUUCCCCAGUGAAUUCAGAAGGAGAAAUGAAGAGAAAAUGGGAAGAAAGACUGAAGAAAGUGGAAGAACGAGCAUCCUACUAUGAAAGAAACCCUCUUCCUACAGUUUAUAGACCAAGACUGUCCAAACCCUUUCAGCCAUCUUCUGUUUGGAAAAUAUUUUCUCGACAGGCUGAAGCUUUUAAUUAUGUAAAAAUCUGCAAAGAGGAUGUUCAUGUAUUUGCUUUGGAAAAGAACACACAGAGUGGACAGAGAUUUUACCUUGUGACAACAUAUAAAGAGCUUUGGUUUUAUUACACCAAAGGUUACAAAACAAGUCUUAUGCAUUGCUAUGAAGUAAUUCCUGAAAAAGAUGCUUGCAAACUUUAUUUUGAUUUGGAGUUCUACAAACCAGCAAAUCCUGGUGCAGAUGGCAAGAGUAUGGUUGCAAAGCUAAUUGAGCUUGUCAGCCAAAGAUUAAAAGAACUUUAUGAUGUAAAUUGUUCAACUAAAGAUGUCUUAAAUUUAGAUUCCAGUACUGAUGAAAAAUUUAGUCGGCACUUAAUAUUUCUACCCCAAAAGACUGUAUUUAAGGAUAAUAUUCAUGUUGGUAACUUUGUGAGAACCAUUUUGCAGCCUGCCAUAAGAUUAAUGGAGAGUGAGGCUGCUGCUGCUGUGAUUCCAGAAGAAGAAGCAGGACGUGUUUUCCAGUCUUCUGCAGAAGCAGUUGGAUUAGAUGGUUCUCUUAGAAACCUCACAGCUGUCAAAGAUGCUUCCAAAGGCUGGCCAGCCAUUGCUCACAAAACAAAGGAUAUGGAAAUGUCACACCAGGGAGAAAAUUUGGAUUUUUCUUUUCUAAUAGUAAAUGAUACAAAAGGCAACAAGCAACUUUUUGUGGAUCUAGGAGUUUAUACAAAGAAUAGAAACUUCCGGAUGUAUAAAUCAUCAAAAGCAGGAAAAAAUGUGAUUCUGAAGAUAGCAGAGGAUAAUAAGUUUAUCCCUAGCUGUGAAAAGGAUGUUUCCUUGGAAGAAGCAUAUUUUCUUUCCUCUUUAAUCUGCAACAUUAGAGUGAGUGAUGACACAAAAGUUCUGUCAUCUGGCUUUUCAGAGGAGGAGAGAAAAACGUCUGCUUUUUUAAACAGUAAAACAACCAGAAGCAGCCAAGAUUCCAUGGAAGGCUAUCAGGGUUCACCAUAUCCAGAAAUUGAUAAUUUUGUUCAUUCUUUGGUUAAUAAAGAUGGGCUACAAGGAGGGAUACGGCAGUGGAAUUACUUCUCUCUCAAAGAAAUACUUGUAUAUGAUAUUUCUGGUUACCGCUGGUGUGAAAAUAUUGGAAGAGCUCACAAAAGUAACAACAUAAUGAUUCUGGUAGAUCUGAAGAACGAAGUCUGGUAUCAAAAGUGUCAUGAUCCUGUCUGCAGAGAACAAAACUUCAAAUCACAAAGUUUUCCAUUACCACCUGGGAUAUGUCUCCCGUCUCUUUUCAAAGAGGAAGAAGAGUAUACACCAAUGGAUGAAAGGGGGAACACAGAAGAAAAGGUGAAACCACAUUUUAAUGCAUCAGAUUUGUCAGAAAGCUCAGGAUCUCUGGCAAACAGCUUGUCUCAAGACUUCUUGUUGUCAGACAGUGAGUGGGAAAAUGCAAGCGACGAUGCCUGUUUCCUGGAAGCUGCCGAAGAUGUGGAACUCGCUGAAGCUGCAAAUGAUAGUCUGAAUUAUGCCAUGGAAGAAAUCCCAGAUGAAGCUCUUUUGGAAGCUUUAAGGAAAGAAGACUCUUGCAAUAAAGAAGGCAGCUAACCACUGGCUUGGCCAGCACACAGACUGCCAGCAGUGACACCUGCGUGCUUUGUGCCUCUGGAAAGAUACUGUGAUGUAGUUCAAAAGCACUAUUCCAGAGGUGUAGGACAAAGGGCAGAUUAGCUGGAUGAUCUUGAACAGGCAGGAGGAGAUCAUGGAAGAUUACGUCGAGUCUGAAGAGUGCUGGACUGAAACACUCAUCGUGAAUGCUGCUCCAAGCUUAGCACUUUUAAUGCUCUCUGCUGUACAGUUUCUAUUUUGCUAGUUUUAUGUCCAAGUUUUAUUGAUAAACCAAGUUAAACAGACUUCUUUAGUUCCAGAAAUGGGAUGAAAUUAUUUAUUUAAAAUACAAAUUUAAUAAAAAGAUGUCUGUGAAUAGUUCA